UCACGUGACAUUGUAGGCGAAAGGCACGCCGCUUUGGUUCAUCUAUCUGAUCCCAAAGUUUGCGAUCCGGAGUCCACGUGCCGUGUGUUCGCCGCACAAAGUAACCUUCUGCGUUCUCCGUUCAUUCUCUCUCUCUCUCCGCGCAUGAGCGUCGACAAGAACGAACGUCGCCGCUGACGACAGCCGCCACGGCCUUUGCGUUACUCACGCGCUGUCCGCAGUGACUCCGCGGCGGCAAAUUCCGCGGCGGGGUUCAAAUUACGGUCGCCGCCUUCAAAAAGCGCGAACACGAGGCACGCGUAACUCCAUCAAAACGCGCUGCUCCCGAACCGAAGUCUCGAGUAUCCAUCGUGCGCGCGUCUCGACGUGCAGCGAUGGCCCAUCGGAACUCGACGUGGACGCCGACGCUUUUGGCGGCGUUCUCCGUCCUGCUCACGGCGUCGCUCGCGGGGGCCAGCUUCAGCAUCGUGGAGUUCACUUCCUGCGGGGGCGAUGUACUACAGGUUCGCGUGGACCCCUGCGAAAAGUUGCCUUGCACAUUUAAGAAAGGCCGAUCGGCGAAGAUUGAGAUGGACUUUCACAACGUGAAGAACCAGUCCAGCGUGAGCGUGGCCAUCAUGGGCAAGUCUCACGGCGUGCUCCUGCCGCUGCCAUUCAACCAGAAGGAUGGCUGCACCAGCUCGGGCCUUGAUUGCCCUCUGCAGGCCGGUCGGAACUACACAGUUGAGCGUGCAGUCAGGGUCUACCGGAUCUAUCCAAAGAUGGAGAUCCUCGCGGUGUUUCAAGUCAGCGGCAAAGGAGGAGACGUACUAGCCUGCGUCGAAUUCCCCAUUCACAUUAUGUGAAGCACAAGUAACGGCCCCCUACAGGGCGCUACCUGAAUACCGGACAGCUCAAACGGCCCGCCACGCGGUAUCCCAAGAAAGCAGGCAGCAAAGGAAAAUUGUGGACACAAACUACAAUACGGGCCAUCGACCAGCGUGCGACGUGCGAACGACCGUAAAAAAAAAAAAGUUUCAGCAAAGUCGCGUGCCGUUGGUUGCGGCAGCGAUCACUGUAAAGUGCACCGAUGUGGUUGAGAGAACCGCAGCUUUUAUGUAAAAAGAAGAAAGAUGUGUGUACAGCGUUGGAACCAUAACGUUAUUGACACGAAUAAAACACAGCUACAAACACGUUUAGAGUGAGCUGGAAGAUUUGCCAACUGCCGCAUUUGUUGCACGACAGGAGCAAUCAGGGUGUACGUGCGGCGAGCAAAAACAAUGAAUUAUGAACAGACGAUGGUACACUGGGAGUGCGCGGGUCAGCAUUAAAAGCC